CAGUACCAGUGCUCUCCAUGGCAGCCGAGUCCAAAGGGCUAAGUGCUGCUCCGACUCUGGAACGGUCGGUGGCUUUUUCAACCCCAGGAAUGGGGUGGAAGGUGACCUUCACGCGUAUGAAGGCUAAAACACUUCACUCCGGGUCACAUCUUAGCCCAGUUCCUGAAGAAUAGGUGCCGCUAUCCGCCCCUUCCCUCCCUCGGAAGGAAUAGGUAGCCCCAGUCCUUGGGCGCUCCUCCACCUUCCAAAUCUUCUCGGUCGCCGUUCCCUGGGACUCUCAGCCUUCACAGAGGCCAACUUCAGGUCCGCCACUAUCCCAGGAUUCCCGACUCCCGGUUUCCUGCCCUCCUCCCCUCCCAACUCCCGGCGCCACCGGGAGCGGCAAGAUGGCGGACGGUGACGGCUUAGGUGAAGCAACGACUGCUGCGGCGUCUCCUCCUGCCCCUGCUCCCGGCCUGAGUCCGCCGCUGGGCUGGUGGGAGCGGCUGCGGGCCGGGCUGGCGGGCACUGGGGCCUCGCUGUGGUUCGUGGCGGGGCUGGGGCUGCUUUACGCUCUGAGGGUCCCGCUGAGGCUGUGUGAGAAUUUGGCAGCGGUGACAGUAUUUUUAAAUUCAUUGACGCCCAAAUUCUAUGUGGCACUUACAGGGACAUCUUCUUUGAUAUCAGGACUAAUAUUUAUAUUUGAAUGGUGGUACUUCCAUAAGCACGGCACAUCUUUUAUUGAGCAAGUAUCUGUAAGCCAUUUGCGACCACUGAUGGGAGGAACAGAAGGCAGCAUUUCAGAGCCAGGUUCUCCUUCCAGCAGCAGAGAAAGUGAAACCAGCAGACAGAAUUUGUCAGAAUGCAAGGUAUGGAGAAAUCCUCUAAAUCUUUUCAGAGGAGCAGAAUAUAGGAGAUACACUUGGGUGACUGGUAAAGAGCCACUUACAUACUAUGACAUGAAUUUGUCAGCUCAGGACCAUCAGACCUUUUUCACCUGUGACACGGACUUUUUACGUCCUUCAGACACAGUUAUGCAGAAGGCAUGGAGGGAAAGAAAUCCUCCAGCUCGAAUCAAAGCAGCCUAUCAAGCUUUAGAAUUAAACAAUGACUGUGCUACUGCAUAUGUUCUACUGGCUGAGGAAGAAGCAACAACUAUUGUAGAUGCUGAAAGGUUAUUUAAACAGGCACUCAAGGCAGGAGAAACAAUUUACAGGCGGUCACAACAGUGCCAGCACCAAAGUCCUCAGCAUGAAGCUCAACUGAGGAGAGAUACCAAUGUACUGGUGUAUAUUAAAAGAAGACUGGCAAUGUGUGCAAGAAAAUUAGGAAGAAUAAGAGAAGCAGUAAAAAUAAUGAGAGAUUUGAUGAAAGAAUUUCCCCCUCUUACCAUGUUGAACAUCCAUGAAAAUCUCCUAGAAUCACUUUUAGAAUUACAGGCCUAUGCAGAUGUCCAAGCAGUUCUAGCAAAAUAUGAUGAUAUAAGCCUUCCAAAGUCAGCAGCCAUCUGUUAUACAGCAGCACUAUUGAAGACAAGGACUGUUUCAGAUAAAUUUUCUCCAGAAACAGCCUCCAGAAGAGGGUUAAGCACAGCAGAAAUUAAUGCUGUGGAAGCAAUUCAUAGAGCUGUGGAAUUUAAUCCUCAUGUUCCAAAAUAUUUACUAGAGAUGAAAAGUCUCAUUUUACCUCCAGAACACAUUCUGAAACGGGGCGAUAGUGAAGCAAUUGCCUAUGCUUUCUUUCAUCUUCAGCACUGGAAGCGAAUAGAAGGUGCUCUUAAUCUGUUACAGUGUACAUGGGAAGGCACUUUUAGAAUGAUUCCAUACCCACUAGAGAAAGGCCAUCUAUUUUAUCCUUAUCCCAGCUGCACAGAGACUGCUGAUAGAGAGCUAUUACCUCCGUUUCAUCAUGUUUCUGUUUACCCAAAGAAGGAGCUUCCUUUUUUCAUCCAUUUCACAGCAGGACUGUGUUCUUCUACAGCAAUGAUAGCUCUUCUCACACACCAGUUUCCUGAAAUCAUGGGUGUUUUUGCUAAAGCUGGCCUCCGAAGACACAAGUCCCCAGCCAGACUGAGACCAUGAAGCGCCUUCAUCACCAGACGGGGAAGGAGCGGCGCCCCCUUAUCCACUCCCCGCCCCCCUGCGCCCCUCCGCGACUUCAGUGACAGCCCUGCACGGAUCGUCUCUGACUCCGUCAAAGCGACAACCUGGUCUCCUGAGCAGCGGGUGUUGGGAGCUGUAUACUCCCUUUCGGCGCGUCCGGCCUCUCUAACCCAGCACCUCACCCUCCCAGCCCUGAGAGCCACACUUACCACCAGGACGUGUCUACGCGGGCCGGCAGCAGCAGCAGCAGCAGCAGGAGCAGCAGCAGCAGGCGGCAAGCAAGACUUAGGCGGGCCGAAGCCCGAGAGCCGUCGGGGCUCGUGGGUCUAGGCGCGGGCGCGGAGACAGGGGCGCGGACGCGCCGAAAGGGGAGCUGCGCGGCUUCCUCCGCACCACCCGGCCUCAGCAUAGCUCCCCGAAGACUCCCGCCACGCGGCCCGGAGGGGCGUGGACGGGUCACCGGCUGAGGGUAGUCAGGCUGCUCCCACUUCACCCCCCUGGGGGGCCAUAAGUCUCGCCGGCGGCUGGGGACCUAAGGGCACCUAAAGUCCAGAAGUCAGGGCGCCAGGUCCCGGAGAGGGGCGCAGGGAGAGGUGUCGGAAGCCUACGACGCCGCGCCGAGUUCGGGAUCUGGGGCACGCUGCCUGGGCUGAGAUGCGGUGUCACGGGGUCGGCGGCGCGGAGUGGGGCUGCGGACAGAGUGUGCCGACAGCUCCUUCGGCCGCGGGCUCUCAUUGGACGGCGCGGGGCGGGGCCGAGGCUGGGGACAAGCGCGGCCCUCAGGACGGCUCCGCCCGCGCCAGCCCGAGGCGCCCCGCAGAGCCCUAGGUGUGGCGGCCGCCUCCGCCCCUCGGCGCCCCUAGCACUGCGCCGCGCCCCCACCUGCUCGGGCAGGACGCGACGGGGCGCAGCGGCGCCCUUCGGCGCCCGGAGCGCCCAGUCCCUGCCCACGCCGCGCCACCGGGUCCUAGCGCCCUUCAUUUGGCAACCCCAACCUCCGUGGGUGAUGGCCUGGAGGGCCGAGUGAGGGGGGCUGCAGACACUUUCCCCUGUCAUCUAACCUACAGUGACACUGAAGUGAGCCACAGAGGACUCAGUCAUUUCUUCGGGUUCUCCGUUCUUGCGCUUCUGUGAAAUGGGUAGAAUCUCUGCCACGGGGAGUUGCGGGAGAAUCUUAACUCCCUUUCCAACGCUGCCAACGGGGGGCGCCACGGGCAGCAGACUUAAGGUAGGGGCUUCUCUCAUCUACGGCUCGCUGCCCCUGGUUCCUCCGACCCGCUGCCCACCGUAUUCCCACCCCCGCACCCCCAGGCCCCCGCACACAAUGUUUAUAGACAAAGCUCUCGCCCGCCUGCCCGGACCCGACGCUUCUCUCCGGCCUGUGGACCGGGAAUCGAUGGCCAAAGCGGAGCGGCACACCUGAGGACCCGACGCGGACUCCCCGCCCUUGGCCGCCCGGGCUCGGCAGAGCCUACUCUCUCCCAGCUUUCCCGAUGCUUCGGUCCCCCACCCCUUCGGGCGGGGCUGCGAGUACGAAAGAAUCAGAAACAGCUGGGCAGCUUUCCCGAACCAGAGGCCAGGGUGGGGGUCCUGCUGAGAGAGUGGAAGCCCCGGAGCCAUUUCUCUCCUUCGCCUUUCCACCCUUCCUCUUUCCCACUGCUCCCUUCCCUCCCUCCGCCAGCGCCCCAACCGCCUGGGGGCGUGGUAAAUUGGGAAGGGGAAGGUUCUGGCUGUAGAAAUUGAUUCCCCUCUUCCGUCCGCACUUCCCAGGCCGGCAGGUAGAGCUUCUGGAGGCAGGGUGGCCCUUACUGAGACCUAAAAAUUCUUUUUAAAAAAACCUGCAUCUUAUAACUUCCAGAGUCCGGCUGGGGUCCGGCCCCAACCGCUUCUCCAGACUCAGUUUCUCUUGCCUAGCCUCUCAUUCCCAGGUGUCUUUCGUGCCUCUCCCCGUGAUUUAUCUAUACUAUAAAGCCCUGGUGUAAACAACGCCCUGGAAACUGCCCAGCCCCUUCAACCCCAGACAUUGUCAGUUCUUGGGGGUGGGGGUCUCUGUUAGAGACUCCGGAGUGUGAGCGACAGGGCGCAGCUCGCCGCAGACGUCCCCAAGGCAGAUAUGAGGGAGAAGGGCUGAGAGAGACCUUUAUCCCCUCUCCACAUCUCUCACCCCUUUAUCUCACUUUCUGUAGUAGGGGGCGAAGUGAAUUCAUUCAUUCAACAAAUAUUUAUUCCCUACCAUGUUCCAGACUGUGCUAGGCACAUUAGUGAACAAAGCAAAACGAACAAUUUCUGCCUGUGUGGAGUUUAACUUAUAUUGGGAGAAGAUAGACAAUAAGCAGUAAACAUCACAGGUAAAACAUAUAGCAUAUUAGAAAGUGAUAAGUACAGUGGGAAACAAUGGAGUUGUAACUAGGAUGAUCAGGGUAGGCCCCAUUAAGGACAUUCAAGCAAAGACGAAGGAAGCGAGAGAACAAGCCAGGUAGAUUCUUGGUGAAGAGGAUGCCAGCACAGAGGCCCUCAGUUGGGAGUGGGCUGGUGUGCAGAGUGAGCUAGGGAGGAGGAGAGGAGUCCAGAUAGGUAACAGCGGUAGUCUAGGUCAUGCAGGAGAGAAGGUGCCCACCCUUAGAGGGGAGGUAGAAAAUGGGGGCUGGAUUGGAGUUGGAUGGGAGGGAGUGAGUGGGGCAAAUACAGAGGCCAGGCAGGGUCCACAUGCUGUCCAUAUCCUCCCUGCCAACCUUCCCCUUCCCCUCCCCUUCUCUCUCUCAGUCUGGGAGGCUCCAGUUGGCCCUUCCGUUUGCUUAAAAGAAGCAGACUCUAUACUGAGCUUCCCUGAGAGGGGCAGGUGAAAGAGGAAUGGGCCCAGGCUCAUUCCUGGCCAAGCCCCUUUCCUGGGACCAUUCUGUCACCUCCUCCCAGCCCAGCCCCACCCUGAUGCUGGGCAGCAGUCUAUAAGCUCUGCAAGCUCUGGCAGCCUCUCUCAGACUCCCCUGUGCGCGCAGGCCUGGGUGUGACUCUGGCCCUGUGUUUAUUCCUACAUCUGGGCCUGAGGUUGCAGGGUGGGGAGCUAGAGAUGAUCACAUCAGCCCUAACCUUGGGUGGACUCGCCCACAUGGGCCCCAAACUCACUUAUGAGGCCCCUUGUUUGGCUUCAGCUGUCUUCAUAGUCAAGUGGGACGGUGUCUUGGCAUAACAUAGAUGCUCAACUAUUAAAGCAUGUUGCUGAGCUAAGGGGGCCCCCAGAAACAUCAGCAGAUCCAGGAGGGAGGGAAGUGGGUGAGGGAACAAGACUCUUCCCCAAUGCUUACAGGCUACCUCUGCCCUAGAGUAGACAACCCAGGAUGGCGCUUUGCUCCUUCUUCCCCUCCCCUCUGAGCCCCCAGCUGCACAGGAGGAAGCCCAGGCUGCAGGAGCCAGCUGACUGCAAGAGCUGCACUCAACCACUUAACUAGAGAACAAAUACGGAGCCAGAGAAGAGGUUUUCUGGGAUCUGCCACUUUGGACUUCAAAUCUCAAAAUAAACUUCCAGUCUCAGGGUCCUAGACUCUACUGGAGAGCUGGGCUCCUCACGCAAGGGCCUGUUGUGGGGCUUCCAGGCAGAGGGUCAAGGCCAGAGGCUCAGGCUUAGCGCCUGACCUGCUUCUCCCUCCCAUCCCCCACCCCUACUCCACCCGAAAUGGGAGCUGGGGGAGGAGACUUGGGAGUCAAGUUCUGGUCUGAAGGGUCCUGCAUGGAAUCAGGUCACUUACCACGGUCCUGCUGUGUGCACAGCGCUGGCCAGGGCAUCCUAAAUGACACAGAAGGAGUGAAAGGGUCUUGCCCCCAAGGCAUUUUCAUGCAAAUACAAUAAAGCCAUCUGAGAGCUGGGAUGAUAGGCUUUGCUGUUUGCUGCAGACCUCCCCUUCACCCAGGCCUCUAGACUCCCUGGGGCCGCCAGCAGGACAACUUCCACCCAGCCGUCAGAGGCACACCUUCCUCCUCCCUCAAGGUGAACCACAGCCUCUUGCCCUCUCAAAACUGGGUGCCCCAAAGAAAAGGGUCUCCCUCACCCCUGUACCUCACCUCAUGCUCUGCUCCCCCAUGGGGCCACUCAGAGCUAAGAUUCAUCUUUUUUCACUCUACUCUCAUCUGUGUGUGGCUGAAUGAUUUUGAAUUUUUACUGGCCCUUGGAUGGGAGUGGAGAUGAGCUAAGGGGAGCUUGGGUGUGAGUAAACAGCUCUUACUCCCCCCGGGUCUACCCCCCCUUAUAGGCCCCCCUUCCCUAGGCCCCUUUGGAGAUGACCUCUCUUUCCCGGUGGGUGGGAGGUGGUGUGGAUGGUAACGAGCAGAGAGAAAGGCCGAGAAGGGGCUGGGGGGAGGUUUGGAUAGGAGUCAAGGAAUUCCUGAGCCUGCUGCUUGCACAAGGGGCCCUGAGACGCCUUUCCUGAGAUUUCUUUGCAAACCUAGAAAAGUCUCAUUUGAAAUGGGGCCAGGUUCACCCAGGCCCCUAGUGCCCCCCGCUCCUGUUUCUCCCUCUCCAGCCACCCCAGGCAGGUGUCUGGGGAAGAGUAGGGAGAUUGGGAAGAACCCAGGGGCUUUUAAGUCGUAUGGGGUGGGGAUCUAUGCUUUGUACACAGCCUGACCCGGCCUCUCCUUGGUAUUUAUGAGCUCCCAGGUGAGGCAUGGAACGUGUCUCAAAGAGGCCAGGCCAAGAGGGCUUUGGAGGAAGGAGCAUCCAGCCCCAAACCAGGGAAGGGGGCUUGGUGGGGCAGGGCUAGAGACAGAGACCCUCUUCUUCCCAGCCAGUGGCCAAACAGGGGAGUAGACUGCUCCCCUAUGGGGCCUGGAGAAAGGAAAAGCGAGAGCUAAGGGAGAAGGGGGAAGAGGAGGCCUGGGGAGGCGGGACCGUAGAGGCGGGGCCUGGGGGUCUGGAGCCUUUUAGCACUUUGGCUGUAAUCAGACUGGAGCCAGGCGGUGGGCGGGCUGACAGCCAUCCUGGGCGGGUGGCCCAGGUUCUGUGUGAGGCCAGUGGGUGUGCUGCUGGGAUCCUGGGUGGUCACUGACCAGCCUAACCCCAAGGGAGGGUGGUCCCACGUGGCCCCCAGCCCCCCCUCACAAUCUGCCUAUGUCAGAUAGGCUACACACUGAGCUCUCUUUCUCUCCCCACCACCUGUUUUAGGCCCCAGAACAAUCUGGAAGUGAGAUUUGCUUCCAGUGGAACAAUCUGCAGAGCCCACGAUCUGCCUCCCUCCACUCUGCCUUCCUUGGUCCACUCUGCCUCUCUCUCUUCCGUGUCUCCAUCUCUCCGGGUCUGUCUCUGGCUCAUAUUUCUGUCAUUCAGUGUCUAUUCCUCUUGUUGUUUGUCUUUCUGUCUUCAUUUGUCUCUCUGUGUGUCUGUAUCUGACAGCCUUUCCUCCUCUGUUGGAACCUCUGUCCCUCUUUCAAUCUCUGUCACUCCUUGACUCUUGGUGUGUAUCUCUGUCUCUCCAUCUUUCUCUCUAUGAAUCUGUAUGACUGUCUCUCAUUCUUUCACUCACUUCAUCUCUCCGUGUCUUUUCUGACUCUGUGUGUGUGUGUGUGUUCCUCUCUAUAUUUUUCUCGGUGUGUAUCUUUGUUUCUCUUUGUGUCUGUUUCUCUCUUUCUCUUUCCCUCUGUCUCACACCUUCUUCUGCAGUCCCUCCAACACAGUACAAAGUGCAUUGGACUGAAAGAAAUCAGAGUAUUUUCUCCCCAGCUCAACCACACAUGAUUUGCAUGACUCUCUAAGUCACUUUCCCACUCCUGGCCUCAGUUUCCUCGCUGGUGAAACAAGCAAGGUGGAUAUCUACUUCCCUCCGUCAGGGCCUCCUUCUGUCUUUAUCUCUUUUUUCUUGUAGCAUAGUCCAUCCUGUCUUCUGAGGGUUCUGCCUCUCUGCUCUCUAAAUUCCACCCUGAAGUUAGGACUCCAGCCUCCUUCAGACCUCAGUGAGAAGGAGUCUCGGAUACUGUCAGCCAGCAGGCCCCAAAAGGAGGACCCCCCUCACUCCUUUACCCUCUUAAACAUCAGGGUAGACAAGGUCCCUUUCUGGGGCCAUGUCUGGGAUACAAACCAGAUUAGCUCAUCUCUCUAAUCCUCUUUGUGCUGGGGCCUCUGCCAGGCAGGGACACCCACAGAGCAAGCAGAGCAAGAGGGGUGUGUGUGCGUGGUGUGUGUGUGUGUGUGUGUGUGCAGAUUCUUGGAGAAGGCAGGACCAAGGUUCUCCUCCCUCUGUUACCCUCUCCUGCCCGAAAGCCCAAGUCAAGCCCUCACUGUAUAAGAAACCUCAUCGCGCUUGAACCAAAUCAGGGUUUUCAUAAUCCCAGUCUGUUCCUCCCCCUUCCCCCACCCCCCUGUCCGCUCUUCUACAGCUUCUUUAGGGCUGGAGAAAUAAUUCCAGCCAUCCCCCUGUUGCCGAACAUCCCAGAAGCAACCCCUUCUCCAUGCAUAUUUUCUUCUCCAGAUUUUCGGAGAAGGGUCUUUCCAUCCCUUCCGGAAAAGCCUUAGUGUCAGGCAGGGAGCAGGGAUAUGGGGGAGGAGCGGAGAGCAAGCAGGCAGUUCCUGGAUUUCACACUUCAAGUUAGAGGCCUUCAAGUUGGAGAGGUCUUUCUUGGCUGAUAAGAUCAAAGCAUUCCCUCUGCCAGAUCAUUACCUUAUUUUCGAGGCAAUUGUAGAACUUAUUGUAUCAAUUAGUCUGGUCUCCAGCUGCAGCCGUUUAUCUCUAUCUUUGUGCGCUUGCAGAAGAAAGGCCUAGCCCAGCCAGCCCGGCCAGCUAGAGGAGGGUGGGGAGCUGUGCGGCCGCUUUCAGCGGGGAUUGGGCAGGUAGAGGCCAUAGGGGGUGCGCUUUUGAAGUUUGGAGAUCCCGCCAGCUCCUCCUUGCGCACCCCGCGACUGCCGCAGGAGCGCUCUUUUCCACUGGCGCCACACCUACACGCCCGUUGUGCCCCAGGAGGGCGAGCCUACAGAGCCUGGCGCGGGGAGGAGACCCAUCAGGCCAGGCCAAGGCGCGGGCUCCGCGUAGGAAAACUCUUGAGCCUGAGCCAAGAUGCCUGCCCCUUCUUGACUCUCUGGUGGGUGACUCACUCUGUGGGACGUGCGCCCCGCAGUGGCGUUUCCUAGAAAGGCAUGGCAGCGUGAGCGUCGAAAACCUUAGGAGGGAGUGGGUGGCACGGAGAAGUGGAUGUCCCCAUGGGUGCGGGGAGUGUGGCCUGCAUUGCUUCUGCCCUGUCUGCAGCCUCUUCCUGCAGAAGAACCACGCCCACACCUGGUGUUGGGGUCAGGUGGGGGUACGUUAGAGCAGAGUUUCUGAAACUUCCGGGGUCUCAGUAUCCCUUUACACUCAAAAAUUAUCAAGGACCCCAAAGAGCUUCUAUUUAGGGGCUUGCCUGGUGGCGCAGUGGUUGAGAGUCCGCCUGCCGAUGCAGAGGACGCG